AAAGCCGGGCAGCAGCCGUUGCCGUUGCUGCUGCGCGCGCCAGCCGUCAAGGCGGAGGAGGAGGAGGAGGAGGGCCCAGAAGGCCUCAGCGCGGCGGCGGCUUCCCUCAGUCGCAGGAGCCGGGAGUCCGCCUCGCCGUGGCCCCUCAGCUCCAUGGAGGAGCCUGGCCCAGAGUAGCCCUCCUCCGGCUGCCCUGGAGGGAGAAGGAGCCCAGGCUCCAGCGGGAGGCAGCCCAAGCCCCGGCUCGGAGGACACUGAUGUUCAGGAACCAGUGCUGACGUCCUCCAUCAAUGCUGUUGCCGUGACUCUCUCCCAGAUCACAGAAAUAGCAGGUGGUCUUAUGUCCCCAAGGGGGCACCAAUGCCCGAGCUUACUGUUAUUUAAGCAGCCUCCUUUAAACACCUUGGACUUGGGUUUCCGACCAGACCAAAGGGCUGCUUAGGUUUCAAGAUGCUUAUAAAGGAGUAUCGGAUUCCUCUUCCCAUGAGUGUGGAUGAGUAUAGGAUUGCCCAGCUGUACAUGAUACAGAAAAAGAGCCGAGAAGAGACAUGUGGAGAAGGCAGUGGUGUCGAGAUUUUGGAAAACAGACCAUACACAGAUGGUCCUGGCGGUAAUGGGCAGUAUACCCAUAAAGUAUACCAUAUUGGUAUGCAUAUUCCCAGUUGGUUUAGGUCUAUACUGCCAAAGGCAGCAUUAAGAGUUGAAGAGGAGUCGUGGAACGCCUAUCCUUAUACAAGGACAAGGUACACAUGCCCAUUUGUGGAAAAAUUCUCUAUUGAUAUUGAAACCUAUUAUAUAGCUGACUCAGGAGAGCAAGCCAAUGUGUUCAACCUUUCCCCUACAGAGAAAAGGCAGACAGUUCUUGAUCCCAUUGAUAUUGUCAAGGAUCCCAUUCCUCCACAUGAAUACAAGUCAGAAGAGGAUCCAAAGCUGUAUAAAUCAGUUAAGACUACAAGAGGACCUCUGUCAGAAGACUGGAUCAAAGAGCACAAGAACAAUCCUGGGAGAUACCCUAUCAUGUGUGCCUACAAGCUGUGCAAAGUGGAGUUCAGAUACUGGGGGAUGCAGUCCAAAAUCGAGCGCUUCAUUCACGAUGUAGGCUUACGGAAGGUUAUGGUGAGAGCUCAUCGGCAGGCAUGGUGUUGGCAAGAUGAAUGGUAUGGACUCACCAUAGAGGACAUCCGACAACUGGAGAAGGAGGCCCAAUUGAUGCUGGCUCAGAAGAUGGCCCAGUACAGCUUUAAUGAGAAUGAGCCAGAACAGCAUCUUCCCAAAGAUUCAUUGGGAGAGAAUGAUAUAGAAUCAAAGGCCAUAUCUCCGUCCACCGAGGCAGUGGAUGCCGCUAGCAAUAUUGGUGAAGCCAUGUCGGGGCGAGUGCUAACCAAGCAAUGGUCUACGUCUUCCAAGUCCUCUUCAAAAAGAGGAGCAAGCCCCUCACGCCAUAGCCUGUCGGAGUGGAGAAUGCAAAGCAUUGCAAGGGAUUCAGAUGAGAGCUCAGACGAUGAAUUCUUUGAUGCACAUGAGGACCUGUCUGAGAAUGAAGAGGUGUUCCCAAAAGAAAUCACCAAAUGGAGUUCAAAUGAUCUCAUGGAUAAGAUUGAAACCCCUGAAUCUGAAGAUAUGCCAGAUGAUCCAUGCCUUGACCCAACAGCAGACUACAGUGUUGGAUCCAGUGUGGAAAGACUCAGCAUAACUGAGGAUGAGGUAGUAACUCCAUUAGUGCAGCCAAGCAAAAUCCAUGUCCUGCUCUUGGUUCUGCAUGGAGGCAACAUCCUGGAUACGGGAAGUGGUGACCAGAACUCUAAGCAAGGGGAUGUCAAUACUAUUGCCACUGCAUUUGACACUGUCAUUCGGGUCCAUUACCCAGCAGCUCUUGGACGUAUCGCCAUCAAGCUAGUUCCUUGUCCAGCCAUUUGUUCUGAAGCAUUCUCACUUGUUUCCAACCUCAGCCCUUACAGUUAUGAUGAAGGUUGCCUUUCCAAUAGCCAGGAUCACAUUCCUCUGGCAGCACUUCCUCUGCUUGCCACAUCAUCCCCACAGUACCAAGAGGCAGUUGCCACAGUGAUCCUGAGAGCCAACCAAGUGUACAGUGAGUUCAUCAAAUCCCAAGAAGGCAUGUCAUUCAGUGGCCAGGUGUGUUUGGUUGGGGACUGUGUAGGAGGUAUCUUGGGCUUUGAUGCUCUAUGCUACAGCAGUCAGACCAUGUCAGAGAGUCAAAACAGUAGCCGGCGGGGGAGUGUCAUAAGCGUGCAGGACACUGACCUCUUAUCUCCUGGCAUCAUUGUGAACAACAGCUACUGUUCUGGGGGCUCUAACCUGGAAGCCAGCCGACACCUCAGCCGAAGCAACAUCGAUAUUCCUCGCAGCAAUGGGGAGGACUCCAAGAAACAGUUUCCACGGAAGAGGAGUGACUCAUCAACCUAUGAGCUGGAUACCAUCAGCCAGCACCAGGCCUUCCUUUCCAGAAAUAGUUUACAUUCUAGCGCUCUGAGAAACUAUUCAGGAUCGAGGCGAUCGAGUAGCUCCACUGCACUGGAUGGAGGAAACGUUGGGAAAUUUGAAUUUGACAUCACAGAUUUCUUCUUAUUUGGAUCUCCUUUGGGGCUGGUCCUCGCAUUGCGAAAAACAGUCAUCCCAACUCUCGAUAUUUUUCAGUUGAGACCAGCCUGCCAGCAAGUCUACAACCUGUUCCAUCCUGCAGACCCUUCUGCUUCUCGCUUAGAACCUCUUUUGGAAAAGAAGUUCCACAUUUUGCCACCCUUUAAUGUCCCACGCUACCAGAGGUUCCCACUUGGUGAUGGCAAUUCGGCCCUCCUGGUUGAAACAGUCCAGAGCAACCCUGUCCUCCUCGUAGAAAGCAGCCCCCUGGUUGCUCUUCAGAACCAGGACAGCUUCAUGGAAACCAGUAUCCCUGUUCCCAUCCUGAAUUGGCAAGAUGUUUCCAGUAAAAAUUCUGGAUUUGCUGAGUCGGAUGUUGUUCAGUCUCUUGGUGGCGCCUUCAUGGAUAGUGCAUCCCCUUCUGCUCCCAUUUCAGUCCCUCAGUUCAGGGGCUUCCGGAGAGCCAGCGAGGCCAGCAUUGCCAGCCAGGUCUCAGGAAUGGCAGACAGUUACACUGCUUCCAACAUAGCCAACAAAAACAAAACUCACCUCAACCAUCUCAGGGGGUUUAGUCUUCUAGCACUGCUUGCCCUCCCUCAUAAGUCCUCCACCCAACCCUCUCCCAAAAGACAUAGGGCGUCUAAACCUGAAAAGUCCCAGAAUCCCUUAGGAAGAAGGUUUGGGAGCUCCUCCCAUUGGGAAAUGGAUUCCAUUCUACAGAUUCCAGACCUCAACAUCAAUAAAGUUGCUGCCAAAUGGUGGGGAACCAAAAGGAUAGACUAUGCUCUCUAUUGCCCUGAUGCACUAACUGCCUUCCCCACAGUAGCUUUACCACACCUUUUCCACGCAAGCUACUGGGAGUCAACAGAUGUGGUUUCCUUCCUUCUCAGACAGGUGAUGAGGCAUGAGAAUUCCAGUAUUCUGGAGCUGGAUGGGAAAGAGGUCUCUGUCUUUACACCUUCCAAACCCAGGGAGAAGUGGCUUCGCAAGAGGACCAAUGUUAAGCUAAGGAAUGUCACAGCCAACCACCGAAUAAAUGAUGCCAUAGUUAAUGAGGAUGGUCCACAGAUGUUAACAGGAAGAUUUAUGUAUGGUCCAUUGGACAUGGUCACACUCACAGGGGAAAAGGUGGAUAUUCAUAUCAUGACACAGCCCCCAUCAGGAGAGUGGGUUUACUUUGACACAGAGAUCACCAAUAGCAGUGGUAGGAUUUCCUACGUUAUCCCUGAGAAUCGGAGGUUGGGAAUUGGUGUGUAUCCUGUUAAAAUGGUGGUGAGGGGCGACCACACGUAUGCUGACAGCUACAUCACCGUUCUCCCCCGAGGGACUGAAUUUGUGGUCUUCAGCAUUGACGGUUCAUUUGCAGCCAGUGUUUCCAUCAUGGGCAGCGACCCCAAAGUCAGAGCUGGAGCAGUGGAUGUAGUACGGCACUGGCAAGACCUUGGCUACCUCAUUAUCUACGUCACAGGCCGUCCCGACAUGCAGAAGCAGCGGGUGGUGGCCUGGUUAGCACAGCACAAUUUCCCCCAUGGGAUCGUUUCCUUCUGCGAUGGCUUGGUUCAUGACCCUUUACGGCACAAAGCCAACUUUCUGAAGUCCCUCAUCACAGAUCUUGACAUGAAAAUCCAUGCGGCCUAUGGAUCCACUAAGGAUGUCUCAGUCUACACCACCAUCAACUUGCCACCACCUCAGAUCUUCAUUGUUGGUCGGCCAACUAAGAAGUUACAGAACCAUUGUCAGUUCAUUACUGAAGGAUAUGCUGCCCAUCUAGCCCAGCUAGAGUACACCCAUCGCUCCCGGCCAGCCAAGAAUACCACUCGGAUGGCCCUUCGGAAAGGUAGCUUUGGCCUCCCAGGCCAGACUGAAUUCCUGCGCAAGAGGAACCAUUUGCUGCGCACCAUCUCAUCUCAGCCCACAGUGGCUGGUGGAAGUACCAGUCACAGGCCGGAGCGAACAUUGAGCCAGUCGGAAAGUGACCGGGAGAGAGAAAGGGAACGCAGCCAAAGAAGCAUGAGCCUCGCCACAGGAUGCUGGGGGCGGAGUGCAGCCUCCAAACUCGAACCAGGGAUUUUGGGACAAAAGUAGAGCUAUCAAAGAAGUCACAACAGAUAGCUGUGGAUGCCCUGUGGCACAGAAGCAGAAGAGGCAAAGAAACUGAGGCCUGCGGUGUGGGAACAAACGGGAAAAUAUGGUGCUACUCAUUGCCAGCAAGGCAGCAACUACAGCAAGGGAAAGACCACGUGAUUUUUUCUCGCUCACACAAAUCCACAGGCCUUGGUGACAGGGGUGCUAGGUUUACAGAGCACUACUGAAAGGAAACAGACACCCACCUUUUCAAUCAAAGGGACAUCAAGAGAAGGAAUAUAAGUGUAUAAAGAGCCUCCAGGUGUAUCUCCUUUCUGCCUCACCCCACCCCUUUCUUAUCCAGGUCUAGCAAUUGUAAAUACGUGCCUCCUCAGCUUCUUAGCCAUCAAAGAUGCAACUUGGGAGUGGGGAAGGGGACCAUGGUGCCACAUGGAGGCAGAGUUGGGUGACUGUGUGGUUUGUUCUGUUACCUGGAUGGACAGAUGAUGCUGGAUGCUGCCACUUCACAACAACUAUAAAUUACUUCAUUUGUAGAAUCUGAAAAGACUUCAGCUGGAGAUAAGAAGGACUUAAAACAGGCAAAGGGAGCUUAGGAAUGAUCUGUACCCAACUAUGGAGCAAAGUCAUAUGGCAAAUCCUUAGCCACGGGUUAAUUUAAGGCUGUUGCGCUGAUCAGCAUAGAAUCAGAUUUACAGUUUACUGAGGCUAGCUACCAUUUUCUUUUUCAAAAAUACACAUAGAAAAUAUCUUUAAGAGACAGAAAAAAAAUGAAAGCAGGAUUUUGGUAGCUGGUAGAUUGCACUAAUUCUAGAAAACAAACAGAACACAUGGCACUUGAGCUGCCAAGGAACUUUGCCCCUCAGUGGAUGAGGAGGGGGGGCAGAGGAAGAAGAUUUGGAUAAAUUUCCAGAUAUUACCAAUCUGCAGAAGCCUUUUGGAAAGAUUCUGCAGUAUCUGGAGAAAAAAUAGAAUAGAAACAUCUGUUCAGCCUAAAGAAGGAAAGGAAAAAAAGCUAAGUCCAAAUUCUUCUCCCACUUUUGCCCGGUUCUUUUCUGCCUCUUCUCCCUGAAGACAGGAGUCAUUCCUUCUUUCCAACCUUUUGGUAACAGCUUUUGACAGAGGAUGUAAACUUGCUUUCUUUUUAACUGUAGUCAAUGCAACUGUAAAACCUCAUUGUUUUUAUUUUUUUCGCACUGAGAACUUUUAGAAGGCCUAAAAUUUUAUGAAGCUACACCCUAUUUAUAUAGUGCAUGAGAGAUAAAUGUUACCAAGUGAGGGUAUUUCUACCCAAACACACACAAUUUAAGAUAAAGUGCACAGGUGAUGGACCCAAGUUGUGCAAACCAACAACGGCAUGCACAUAUUAAGAAGAAGGGCAGCCCUUAAGUAUCUCUAGCUUCUCUCCAUACCAGAAUGUCAAGUUUGAGAAUCUGAUGCAGAGGAAGAAAGGUCAUCAGAAGAAGCAGCUCUGUUGUUUCUUCUCCCUGCUACUCCUAUUCCCAAUGUAAAGGAUACUCUUGCUUUACAGUGCCCUCUGUUAGCCAUUUUAGAACAGGAGAAACCGCACAAGGGAAAGGGCUUAGAGGGGGAAAGUGCCUACACGAAUGGGUCUGGAAAAUCUCCCUAAAUAUUCUCUCCCUCCCGCCACCAACCCCCAUGUUUGGAUUCAGAAUUUCUGUCUAUUGCUAAGGGCCAUUCCUUUUCAGAACACAGUUCUUCUAGGAUAAAGGAAGACCUGUUCUCCAGAAAGGUUGCCCUUUCUGGCCUUUAGCUUCCGGAGUGUUUUGUAUUUGCACAGGCAUCCUCCUUGGUUCAGUGUGCCCUCUCCUCACCUAUUUGUGUCCAGCCUCCACUUUACAAACUCUUAUGAAGUAAAGAGGAUUUUCUUUUCCAGACCAAACGCUCUGUUUUCUUUUCAAUACCAAGACUCGCAGCACUGUGAUUGCAGCCUCUCCCAAGACACAAUGAGGCUUUUACAACUCAUCCAGGCAUCUGUGGGAAAACACACACACUUGUUUGCGACUUUGGGUUUGACGCCAGAUAUCAGGCGGUGCGCGCUAUCUAGAAGGGUGUGCUUCUCUAAAAGCGGUCAAUUUCUUCUUUUCCUCAAAAACUGCUCUUCUUUUGAAACGAAGCUCGCAAACAUGUCAAUGGUUUAGGUAGCCAUACUGCACGAUUCUAAGCCACUUGUCUUGGAUACAGUUGACAAGAAGAUACUAGCAGUUGGUUUUUUUUUUACUAUUUAAAAAAAUUGGCUUCCCUUUCUGCUCACUGGACCUAGUUCUUUGCAAAUGUAUGUCAAAAACUUGGGAGGAAAUCCACAUUGACUGUAUUGUAGCUCUUUUCUGUAUAGCUCAGUAUAUCUCAUAUGACUGUGCAAUUCAGAAUCGUUCUGUUCCAGUUCAUCAAAAUGCAAGAGACAACGAUGGCAACACAAUCUGGCUUUCACUCAUUCAACCUCUCCUUUGAAUGCAACCCAUACGCCAAGGUGUAACAUGUACAUUUUUCCAGUUUCAGAUGAAAUUCAACUUUGUGUGUUCAUUGAGCAUGUCUGUAGUAUAAAACAAAAGACAAUGUAAAUGCCUGGGGAGGGCUGGGGAGAAGGUGGGUAUAUAGGCAAUGAAAGUCAAUUACUUUAUGUUUAAAGAUGUGUCUGGAGGGGUAAAACCCUCUAGGAGUUAUUAAUCUUUCACACUGUAGCCUUCUGUCCCCCUUUUUUGUUUCAGGUAUUAUAUACCAACAAAAGCAAUAGGUCAUUUGGAAAGUAGGCUUGCUUCUUUUUUUCCUGGAAUAGAAUUGGAUGCGAUAUUUCAGGAAAGAAGUGAGUAGAAGACUGGAAAUUCUCCCCUUGCAAGCUUAGAAGAGGUACACACUACGUAGUGUGAACUGCCCAUAUUUGUUGUUAAGCGGAAACUGUAUAUUCUUAUGCUGCUGUGGUUGUACAGCAUCCUAGGAAUCUUGGCUCAUUUGAAACAAAGAGAAAAUUUGUAGUCCUCUUUACUGGGCUUGAAAAGUCAUGGGUAGUGGCGCCUGUUGCCAUUGAAGAUCGGAAUGGGGGGUUCACAUGCUUUGCCUACAUCUCCCCCAUAGGCAACACUUUAUGGACAAUUUAUAUAUGCAAAAUUAUGUGAUUUGCAUCAUUUACUGAACUAACACAAUGUAACCCACCUUGGAAGCCUGUUAGAAGUUUCAUGGGUUUGGGGUUUUCUUGUUUCAGUAGACUUUUUCUUAAGAUUGUACACCUCAACAAACCUUUUUGUGUUUGGGUGUGAAUCUUUACAGAGGAAUUUAGUGUAACUGAAGCCUUUCCACUGUUAAACCUUCAUAAAAGUCUCAACUGUUCCAUUUUAAGUCCACAUACGCAGGCACACAAUUUGACAACUUCAUACCUUGCUCAGCCAAAUAGGCAAAGGUGGGGUGGGGUGAGCCUGAAUUUUAAAAACUCAGAAAAGCCAAGGUGGGUGUGGAAUUUAGUUAGGUUUCUCUCACUCGCUGCCACCCCAACCUAAACAUUUCUUAUUUUGCAAAGCUCCCAAAAUGUUAGCAGUCUGAAAAAGCAACACUGAUUUAAGCACAUUGUUCUUGGAGAGUAUUCUUACAACACACUCUUGUGCAUGUUUACUUGACGGUUCCACUGUGAUCAGUGGGGUUUAUAUUCCCUUGUGUGUCUGGGAUUGCACCCUUGGUGCUGAACAUGCAUCCCCACAGUACAAGCCAUGCAAUCCUACACAUACCUAGUAAGGAGGAGGUUUUGUUCAUUGAGACUUGCUCUCUGAUACGUCUAUAUAGAUCGGCAGUUGGGCUCUCUUGUGGUCCCUGAGGGCACAUGAUUCAGCUACAUUGCUGAAACUAAGGUCAGGGCUGAGCUUGACUGGAAACCCCCAAAACUUCCUUGAUGGAAGAUGGCCAUGUACUAACUAAAUGAAGGUAGCUUAAUGGAAAAGAGAGAGCCUUUCUCUGCAAAGAUGAUUAUUACUUUUAGCAUUGUUUGACAAAACCAUUCAAAAUCGUCAUUCUGAAAAAUGUAUACAAUGUUCUAAAACUAGGUCAAAGAAUGUCAGCUGCUAAGAAGGUUGCAAGUGAAACCACUGCUCAUCCUGAAUUGUGUCCCUUACUUGACCAGAGGAAUCCCUCUUGUCCAGGUAUCUUUACCAUUGCUGCAAUUUUCCUGUUCCUUCCAAAAAGCCUUACACUUCGGUCUCCUUCUUGAGCUCCCCCAGGCAUCUUUCCUCCCUGACUGUUAGAAUUUUGUAUCCAACGAUGUCAAGUCCAUUCAAACUGAAGUGGGAACAGUGUGGUUUUAAGGAAACAGCUGGGGAGGGGGGAGCAGAUUGAAAUAUUCAAGACCAUUCAUUGUAGAAAGGCACAACUGAAAUAUCCAGAAAUCUAUCUGGGCCUGUUGUUUCAUCUUUUUGUUACCGUGUUUGUAUGCAUGAGAACUGUCAAUCUCCUUGCUCUUAUAUGUGACAACCAUCCUUCUCCUUCGCUGUUACUGCCACCUUGUCUUGCAGCCUGGGUGUGCUCUGUAUAUGGUUAUCACUUGUACGUUAACACCAAUUAAAAGAAAUGGGAAGGC